AUGGGAAUUUGCUUUAGCAAGCCGAAAGUUACAGAUCUUUCUCUAACCAGAGAAGUCAAAGAAGAUGAUUCUGAAAACAAACCUCGUGCAAGACGGCAAAAUGUUCGAUUAUCAGUUGUAGCAGCAGCCGGUCCUGAAAAUAAUAUCGAAGAACUUCCUGAAUCAGCAAAAACAGUCGCAGUAGAAAGCAUCAAAUCCAAUAUUGAAACCAGCCGUCCUAAAAUUGAAUUCAGAGUCAAAGUAGAAGGCGAACUGCCAAAUGGCCACCAACAAGGCUUCGAAGACAAAAAACAAAAAAUUGAAGGAAUAAGUGACAUUUCAGAAAUCACUCCUUUAGGCAUCGGUUUUGCUUGCAAAAAAGGUUUAAAGCCAGACCAGUUCAACCAAGACGAUUUUUCAAUAAUAGUUGACCCUGAUUUCAAAUUUUUCGGUGUUUUUGACGGUCAUGGCUCAUAUGGUCACCGUAUAUCAAAUUACGUCCAUUCACAGCUUCCUGAGCUAAUCAUAUCUCACCCUUCAUUUUCCAUAAAUCCUCAGGAAGCUAUCAGUGAUAGCUUCCAAAAAGUAAACCAGUGCUUAUUCAGCCAAUGCUUACGACUUGAAAGCAAUUUUGAUUGCAAAUUUUCAGGCACUACUGCAACUACAGCAUUUAUAAUGAAUAACCAUUUGAUAAUAAGCCAUGUUGGAGACUCCAGAGCUGUUUUAGGGGUCAAAAAAGAUAAUAUUUGUGAAGCCAGAAGAAUUACAACUGACCAUAAAGCAAAUGUCCCGAGUGAAAUGGAGCGAAUUAUAUCAAAUGACGGAGUAGUCAAAAAGCUUCCUGAUGAUUUUCCAUAUAGGAUUUUUGUAAAAGGUAAAGAAUACCCUGGAUUAUCUACAAGUAGGGCUAUAGGAGAUUCUGUUGCACAAACUGUCGGCGUUAUACCAAUUCCAGAAAUCCACGAUUUAGAGAUUACUGAGGAUUUUGAGUUUCUUCUAAUGUGCAGGAGAAUUAUUAAAAUGGCGUGAUCUGACGUGGACUCCUGGUGACUUGUGAGUUGAUCCAGGCCCAGGAAAGGCGAGCCACGUGGCGAUAGUUCUCCGGGGUGGGUUUUUGACUUGGGGCUGACCCUUGUCUUUUUUCCUUACCUGCAAGACGACCCUACUGGCGCAAAAUCCCGAUACCACUCCAUGGGAGCAUUAUUGAACCUGUGAUAUGGUUCUGACAGGCCAUGGAGAAGGCAGAAGGCGUUUCCCCUAUACUCUGAGCCUUGUCAGAGGUUGAAGGAGUUUUCUGCUGAGAUUCGGAGACCCUGACCGGGUGGGGUGGCUUCCCCGAAGACCUUCGACGUCACCAUUUUUUGGUGACGUCAGAAGGGAAAAAGGUGGUGUGAGGAUAGCGCUUAGCGUCACUGCGAGCUAUCCGGUGGACGGCGAGGGGCUGAAAUAAACCCCUGCGACCCGCUAUAACUUUAUUCUAAGCUAAUCUAAUGUGCAGUGAUGGGGUGUGGGAGUUUCUUUCAGACCAAGAAGCUAUUAAUAUUGUUAAAAAGUACGAAAAAAAUACCCAGCUUGCCGCUAUGAAAUUAGCAAGCUCUGCUUGGUCGAAGUGGAUUGAGCACGAAGAAUCAGUCGUCGAUGAUAUAUAGCCCAUGCCCUAUAUAGAUUUCUUUAUUGAGCAAGAUAUAAUAGAGAGCUAAAAGACCAAGGCAGAUUCUACAAAGGGAAGAAUUAGAUCUCUAUGCCAGAGAGGAUUAAAAAAGUGACAUACUAAAAAAUGCUUGACAAGUAUGAGUAAAGUUGGUAAGCAAGCACACCAAUUUUAUAAUCCUUUAUUAUUAAAUUAUUUUAAAUUAAAGAUACUUUACUCUCUCUAAAAGGAUAUCUUUAAUUUAAAAUUAAUUUAAUAAUAAAGCUAUUUUAAAAUUAGCCUCUUGUCAACUUUGUACGCACUUGUCAACUAUUUUUAGCAUGUUACUUUUUCCCCUUCCUGGCAUAUAGAUCUAGCUCACCCCCUCGAUAUAGUCCGUCUAUUGCAUUUUGCUUGAUAAAGAAAUCUAUAUAGGAGUAUUUGCUAUAACAGUGAUUGUAGUUCAUUUAUAG